AUGGUUGUAUCUUUCACGGGAAAACUACUUGAUAUAUUACAUCACUGUCUUCCUUCAACUAUAACUGAACUAGAUCAUGCUCUAAGUGAUGGCGUAAGUAGGGGUGGAAGACAAGCAUUGGAGUGGAGAGCGUCAAUUGCUAAACAUUUCAUUGAAGAAUGGGAAUGGCAGUUGUCAAUUUUGCAGCGUCUUCUUUCGUUAUCUGAAUGCCAGUGGCACUGGAAGGAGGCAUUAACUGUAUUACGUCCCGCACCAUCUAAGCUACUUAACCUGUGA